CAUGGAAACGCAACGGAGCCUUGGGACAAGUGAAUUUACAUUCAGCGUUAAAUAGAGCCAAUUCUCACCUACCGUAAUUAGUUAUAAUAAUAAAAGCAGGCUUGAAAGGUCAAAGUACGAUGGAUAAACUUGAAGACUUGGAGAUUUUUUUGAAGACUGUGGACGAAAUAAGUGAGCUGGUGAUGGAUCUAAAGUCCCCCGAAGUCGAUGUCCAGCAUAAAGCACUAGAGAGAGCUGAUUGCUAUGUUGCUGCCUUGGAUGAACCCUGCAGCACUAAAGUCAACAAGACAACAAUCAACACAAAGCCUCCACUUCCGCCUCCUUUGGACCUGCAAAAUGAAAGUCCAGAUAAUUUCAUGAAGAUAAUAGAGAGAGAUGCUGAAGACAGGAGAGCGAGGAGGUCGGCAAAAGCAAAAAAGGCUACCGUAUUCAAAGACAAGGGAAAUGAAGCUUAUGCUCAAGAAGACUAUGAAACUGCAGUGAAGUACUACAGUGACGGCUUGGCUGAACUGAGGGACAUGCAGCCAUUGUAUACCAACCGAGCGCAAGCCCACAUCAAGCUGGGAAAGUACAAGGAGGCCAUCAGUGACUGUGAAUGGGCCCUGAAGUGUAAUGAGAGGUGCACGAAGGCUUACCUACACAUGGGGAAAGCCUACCUGGCAUUACAGAAGUAUAAGGAGUCCAGAAACUGCUUCAAAAAGAUUGUGGAAGUUCAACCUGAGAAGGAGAAGAUGGUGAAAGAAUACCUGACCCAGGUCGAUUUAGAGGAGAGGAGAGAGAGUCAGGAGAUGAAUGCAAGGCAAGAAUUUGACAAGGGAGAGGGGAAUAACACAAGAGUGCCGCAGCUGCUGGAGAAGUUGUCAAGGCCGGGCCACAUUCCUCUGUACUACCGCGGAGCAUUGGAGAGUCUGUCACAAGCUGUUAAUGACUGUACAGCCCGCACCCUUUUUAGACUGAACAAUGGCUUUGGUCUCAUCAGCAGCAAUGACACGGUGAGAAGUUGUCUGUUGCAGAAAACAAAGGAUCCAGAAAGCCAGGAGAUGUGUGCGUCGGCUCUAAAGUUAUGGAGGGCUGUUUGUUGUGGAAACGUUGAAAACCAGAAACUGUUGAUGACAUUCCCACUCACCAGACAGUCCAUUGUUCAAUUGAUGACAUCAGAGAACGUUGCCGUGCAGAAAGAAUGCCUGGCAUUACUAUGUGUGUACUCACUGGCGCCACGUGGAAGACGUUUGGCCGCUGACAACCUGGAUGUGCCGAUGUUAGUGAAGAACCUCAUGGCGUGCAUCUCAAAUCCAAAGCAGCAGCACGAAGCAGCAGUCAACAUUCUGGAAAAUUUUGCUGCAGAAAACAAAUUUGGCGUUCAGUUAAGGGACGUGUUGACAGACUCUGUCAUCGUGCCAUUCACAACAUUGCUGAGAAAUAUCAGCAAGUCCAAUCGGCCUGUCCUGGCAUCGGCGAUAUCGGUCAUUGGCUGUCUGGCUCGAGAUGACGUCAUCUGCCACAAUUUGGCUCAUGAUCCAGAAUGCUGGAAGGCUUUUGUGGUCGGCAUUAGGCAGUGCAGUGCAUGUGAAUUCAAAGAGGUAAUUUACCCCAUGCUUGGUUUGAUCAUCAACCUUUCAGCUAUCAGAUCUCCUAUCAUUGAGGAUCAAGCUGUUUCACUCUGCAACUGCUGCUUGGGCCUGCUGAGGGAUACGGAUGGACGAGUGAUAACUAGAGCCACGGGCGUCCUGAGCACCGUCCUCCCUCAGUCCUCUCAGGCUGUGCAGCAUGUUGUUGAGGGGGGUGUUGUACCGAGCUUGCGCUUGCUGUUGAAGGGAACAGGGAAGUCUGCCACCAAGUAUGCCAUUAAGACUCUGGCAGUGUGCACUGCGGCCAGUCAGUUGGCGCAGGAGGAGCUGGUGAAAUCAGAUAAAAAACUUUCUAUUUUACGCAAUUUGCUGGCUUCCAGCUGUGAUGAGAUUGUGACAGGAAAUGCAGCCCUGUGCUUGGCCCACUGCCUCGGAUUGGAGGGAAUUGGCAGCACCCUGCUGGGCACAGAUAUUGUGCUGCUGCUGCUGCGCCACGCUGCAGGGGACGCUAAGAGGACAGCUGUGCGGCAAAAUGCAGCGAUUGCUCUGGGGAAGCUGUGUCAAUCUGAGCCCAGUGUAAAAUUCAAGUGUAAACAUCUUUUAUUUCCGCACAAUGAUGUUUGCCGUAGGCCAUCUUCCACAUAGUGCAGCCCCAUUCAGAUUUUACAUGUGGAGAAAGUUCGAGAACUUCAUGGCUUUGAGAUUCUGCACUCCUGUAUGAAGCUCGCCACUGGGACGCUAUAGCGUAUUCUGUAAUCCCCGUUUGGGCUCACACACAACAAUUCACCAAAACAAAACAAAAACACCUGUUCUUGAAGUCAGAGCAUUUUCCCUUUUCUACUCUAAUGAUUUGUUAAAACUUGUGUUAUUAACUGCUACUCCAAAAAUCUAUUUUUUUCAAAUGUGGUGGAUUUUAUUUUCUUGAUGUCUUGAAAAUAUCUAAAUAUGUUUUCUUAUAAGAUUUUACUUGUAUUUGCCUACUCUUUAUAAACAAGGCUAUAAACUUCAGCAUCCUUCAUGUGUGUUGUUUUAUUUCACACGAUGGGAAACAUGUUGUUAAUGACCAUGACUAUGUGGAGAUGGAGGUCCAUGUGCACUAAUAACUGUAAAUGUCUGAAGAAUGGAUAUUGAUCAGGCAGCAUUAACAUGCUGAUUGGAUUUGAAGUGACACACAGAUUAGUGGGUUACAACUGAAAUCCAUCUUGAAGUUCUUUCUCUUUACCAUGAAGAAGUAUGUUAAAUGCAAAUUAUGGAGUAUACUGAAUGCCUAAAUGCUAGUACUAUGAGCAAAUUUGAGAGGAAGCUGUAAGUAACUCAAAUCUCAAACUCUUAUAAUAUAAAUGUGUGUAAUUUC